AUGGCCGCCAAUUCGCUGACCUGCCAGGCGGAAGUCAUGGCCACAAGGAAGAGGACCUUCAUGGAGAGGAAGAAGACAAUCUACAAAAGUGUCUGCCUGUCCUUUGUGCUGGUGAUCAUGGUGACGGUGCUGCAGAGGGGGAUGACUCCUAGCCAUUUCAUGCAGGGCCAGCAGCAGAAAGAAUUGCACCAAGAGCCCGUGAAAGCUCAGAAGAGAGAUGGCAUCUUCUCCAAGACCGGAAACUUCUGGAAGAGCAAGAAGGAGAAGACCCACCUGGAGGCGGAGGGAGUCACCGAGAACCAGGUGAAAUCCUGGGACGUCACCACUAUCAAUUGCACGGCCAACCAGAACAUCAGCAAGUUGGACUGGUUCAAGGGGCUGGAACCCAACUUUCGGCAGUUCCUGCUUUACCGGCACUGUAGGUACUUCCCCAUGCUGAUCAACCACCCGGAGAAGUGCAGGGGUGACAUUUACCUGCUGAUUGUGGUCAAGUCCAUCAUCACGCAGCACGACCGGCGGGAGGCCAUCCGAAGGACCUGGGGCCAGGAGAAAGAGGUGGAUGGGAAAAAGAUCAAGACUCUCUUUCUGCUGGGCACGGCCUCCAAAGAAGAAGAGAGGGCCAACUACCAGAAGCUGCUGGAUUAUGAGAACCACAUCUAUGGGGAUAUCCUACAAUGGGAUUUCCUGGACAGUUUCUUCAACCUCACCCUCAAGGAGGUCCAUUUCCUAAAGUGGCUCAACAUCUACUGCGACAGCGUUCGCUUCAUCUUCAAGGGGGAUGACGACGUCUUCGUCAGCCCCAACAACAUCCUGGAGUUCCUGGACAACAAGAAGGAAGAAGACCUGUUUGUGGGGGAUGUCCUGUACAAGGCCAGGCCGAUCCGGAGGAAAGAGAACAAGUACUACAUCCCCAGCGCCCUCUACAACAAGAACAACUACCCCCCCUACGCGGGUGGUGGAGGUUUCCUCAUGGAUGGGCCCCUGGCCAUAAAGCUCCACAAGGCCUCGGAGACCUUGGAGCUGUACCCCAUCGAUGACGUCUUCCUGGGGAUGUGCCUGGAGGUCCUCAAGGUGGCGCCAGUCAGACACGAGGGCUUCAAGACCUUCGGCAUUGUGAAGAACAAGAACAGCAAGAUGAACAAGGAGCCGUGUUUCUACAGGAGCAUGAUGGUGGUUCAUAAACUGUUGCCCCUGGAGCUGCUCCAGAUGUGGAACCUGGUCCACAGUAACUUAACCUGCUCCAGAAAGCUCAACGUCCUUUAG